CAGUGUCCCUCUCUCCUCCGGUCCAGCGCCUGGUCGGCUCCAGUUGCUGUUUGAGGGUCAUCUCAGUUGGCCACUGCCGGAGCCUCCGGACAGGGCACUGGGAACCGGCUCUGCUGGCGUUCCUCGGGUUCUCCUGCUGUUGUCAUUGAGGAUGAGCGCCAAGUCUACCGAGUGCAGACCCCGUGGAGACCGUCGGCGCUGUUUUAUCUAGCGACUGGUCUCCUUUGCAAUUAUGGAUAUUUGAAAGGAUUUUAGACAGUGUGGAGGGGGAUUUCCCCUCCCCACUCCCUCUUGGUGCUUGACUCCUGGAAUAAUUUAUGAACAGUGGAGAAUUUUUUAUUUUAAUAAUAACAUUUGAUAUAAACUUUAUAGAUAUUUAUACUUAAAUUUUUUUAAGUGCCAAAAUAAAUUGCACAAAGAUUCAUAGUUUUGUAUUACUGUCUUGGGGAAAUGAAUUUGAAUUCUGGGAAUACCAUCUAUCCCCAGCAUUGUUCAACCUAAAAAGCAUAUUAAUACUUUGGCUGUCUUUCUUUUUAACUUCAAUAAAAAUAAAUAAGACUAGUUUUAAUGAAUUGAUCUUCUGAAGAAAGAAUAAACAGUGUGAAAAAGAGUAGGAUGAAUUCUUCUAUGCCAGACUGUACUUUAAAGUGUCGAUCCCUGAAGCAUGCUUUGGAUAUCCUUUCUGUAGUAACAAGGGGGAAUGAAGGCCAGAUUAAGGCCUUUCUUUCUACUUACUGUUACAAUGCUGCAACUAUCAAGGAUGCCUUUGGAAGGAAUGUUCUUCACCUCGUUUCAUCAUGUGGAAAGAAAGGAGUGUUGGAUUGGCUUGCAGAGACAAAAGGAGUGGAUCUGUUGGUGAGAGACAAGGAGUCAGGAUGGACAGCUUUGCAUAGAAGCAUUUUUUAUGGACAUAUUGAUUGUGUUUGGUCGCUCUUGAAGCAUGGUGUUAGUUUGUAUAUCCAGGAUAAAGAAGGUUUAUCAGCUUUGGAUCUUGUAAUGAAGGACAGACCAGCCCAUGUAGUAUUCAAGAAUACUGAUCCUACAGAUGUCUACACUUGGGGAAAUAACAUAAAUUUUACCCUGGGUCAUGGAAGCCAAAAUAGUAAGCAUCAUCCUGAGUUGGUGGAUCUGUUCUCCAGAGCUGGAAUUUAUAUCAAGCAGGUGGUACUUUGUACAUUUCAUUCCGUUUUUCUGUCUCAGAAAGGGCAAGUUUACACCUGUGGUCAUGGUCAAGGAGGACGCCUAGGUCAUGGAGAUGAACAAACAUGCCUGGUCCCUAGGCUUGUGGAAGGACUAAUUGGUCAUAACUGCUCCCAAGUGGCAGCUGCUAAGGAUCAUACUGUUGUUUUAACUGAAGAAGGAGGUGUUUAUACUUUUGGUCUAAAUACUUUUCAUCAAUUGGGUAUUAUUCCUCCACCAGCUAGGUGCAGUGUACCAAGACAGAUUCAGGCAAAAAAUCUGAAAGGGAGAACAAUUAUUGGAGUGGCUGCCGGCAGGUUCCAUACAGUACUGUGGACUAAAGAAGCUGUUUAUACUAUGGGACUAAAUGGUGGACAACUAGGUUAUUUACUAGAUCCCAAUGGAGAAAAGUGUGUAACGGCUCCCCGGCAAGUCUCAGCUCUGCAUCAUAAAGAUGUCACUGUGUCCUUGGUUGCUGCAAGUGAUGGUGCCACAGUGUGUGUUACAAAAAAAGGAGAUAUUUAUUUACUUGCUGAUUAUCAGUGCAAGAAGAUGGCUUCAAAGCAACUCAACUUGAAAAAGGUUCUUGUGUCUGGGGGACAUAUGGAAUAUAAAGUUGAUCCUCAGCAUCUGAAAGAGAAUGGGGGUCAAAAAAUUUGUAUUCUUGCACUAGAUGAAGCUGGGAGAGUAUUUUGCUGGAAAUCAGUUAGCAGCUACAUGAAACAGUGUCGAUGGGCUUAUGGUCGCCAGGUCUUCAUGUCUGAUAUUGCUUUAAAUAGGAAUGAAAUACUGUUUGUUACCCAAGAUGGUGAAGGAUUUACGGGGAAGUGGCUUGAAGAAGGAAAAAAGAAUACUGAAAAGAAAGAAGUUAUAUCAAACCUCCAUAAUUCCUCAUCAGAUGGAUCUUGUGUCUAUGACACAAGUAGUGUGUAUGAGAGAAUUCGGCUUACGAAACUUACUUUUGUCCACAGAGCUGUCAGUAUUAGCACGGAUCCAAGUGGAAGUAACUUUGCAGUUUUGCAAUCAGACCCUAAGACAAGCCUUUAUGAAAUUCCAACUGUGUCCUCGUCAUCUUUUGCGGAAGAUUUUGGCACACUGUUGGAGGAAACAGAUGAGAUGGACGAUACCCAUGAUGUGACAUUUCAAGUUGGCAAUAAAACUUUCCCUGUGCACAAGUAUAUUUUGGCUAUGCGAUCAGAGUUUUUCAGGAAGUUAUUCACUUCAGAUGGUAUUUCUGUCGAUUGUCCAGAUGUUUAUCGCAAAGAUGAAGAUGCUGUAGGAUGUGAUCUCUUCGUUAUAGAGAAGGUUCACCCUGAUUUAUUUGCUUACCUUCUACAAUUCAUCUAUACAGACACUUGUGAUUUUUUAACUCAUGGCUAUAAACCUAAAAUAGUGUAUAAGGAAAAGCCAGAAGAAUAUCAAGAUACUCUAAUUUCCAAUUUUGAUAAAAUGAGUUUUCAUGAAGAUAUUAAUCAGAAAUCAGCACUGGAAGUUUAUCAAAGUAAUCAAGCCCACACAGUCAAUGAAACACAAAAAAAUAAAAUGAAACCUUCUAAAAAGGGCAAAAGUGUGGGUGAAGAUGUGAAUCCUGUAAAGAUGUUGCAAAGUGUUGCAAAGAAAUUUGAUGUCAGCAAUUUGAGUAGUAGACUGAAUGGAGUCAAAUUUGAAAACGGAAAAAUCAAUGUUGUUGUUACAACAGAAACUGGAAAUAAACCAAAACUAAAUCAGAAACAGUGUUCAUUUCUUUGUGAUGUGACCAUGAAGUCAGUGGAUGGGAAAGAAUUCCCCUGUCACAGAUGUGUACUUUGUGCUAGGCUUGAAUAUUUUCAUAGCAUGCUGAGUAGCUCAUGGAUUGAGGCUUCCAGUUGUGCUGCUCUGGAAAUGCCCAUACAUUCUGAUGUACUACAAGUUAUCUUGGAUUACCUUUAUACUGAUGAAGCCCCUGCAAUAAAAGACUGUCAAAGUGUGGAAUUUGUUUGUAAUGUUCUUGUGGUGGCCGAUCAACUACUAAUAAUUCGAUUGAAAGAAAUCUGUGAAGUAGCAAUAACAGAAAAACUUACUCUAAAGAAUGCUGCUAUGACAUUGGAGUUUGCAGUAAUGUAUAAUGCUGAACAAUUGAAACUGUCUUGUUUACAGUUUAUGGGGCUAAAUAUGGCAGCUUUACUUGAAGCAAGGACACUGGAUGUUUUAAGUGAUGAUGUUUUGAAGGAUCUUUCUGUGUUCUACAGAAAAAUGAUACCAGCAAUGGAUAGAAGGGUAAUAACACCAUAUCAAGAUGGUCCAGAUAUCAGCUAUUUGGAGGCAGAAGAUGCUGAUGUUUUUUUGAAAGGAGAAAUGAAUAUGGAACGCCAAGAAGCUUUCUUCAAAAAGGCCAAAACAAAAGCAAAAAAGAAGCCACGAAAGCGUUCAGACAGCUCUGGGGGUUAUAACCUUUCAGAUAUUAUUCAGAACUCACCUUCCACAGGAGCAGAGAUGUUGCAACAUGGUUCCAAUUGUAGCAGUGAUGCUUUCAAGGUUGCCAUGGGCUUGGUAAAAUUGGAUAAAACCAACUCUACAGAAUCUCUUCCAGAACUACUGACCUCAGACUCUGAAGGUAGUUACGCUGGAAUAGGUAGUCCUAGAGACUUGCAGUCUCCUGAUUUCACAACAGGAAUUCAUCCAGAUAAGAUUGAGGUGAUGAAAAUUAAAACAUAUGUUAAUGGUGCAUACCCUAUGCAUCCUAGUGAAUAUAUAAAACCAUAUGAAGAAUCACCAGCAUUGAAAAUGUCUGUUCCACAGUCCAUUCCCAGUAAUCGAAUCAACUGUGCAAGCUCUUCUAAUUGGGUUGCCAGCUCUUUCAGCCCGGUUAGCCCUCCUGCCAUGGAUCUUAGAACCAUCAUGGAAAUUGAAGAAAAUAUGCAAAAAUGUGGAACUACACCAAAGACAAAUUCAAGCAAAACCACUUCUCAUGGGAUUAAACUUUCUCAAAAGCAAAGAAAAAUGAUUGCCAUGGCUGCCAAGGAGAGCAACCCAGGGAUAAAUAGUGUGGAAACUACAGUCGUGACCACUUCUUCUAUAUCUGCAAAAGCCACAAAACCAGAGAAUGCCUGGACAUCUUCUCUCAAUUCAACUUCAUCCAAGUCGUUCUGGGAUCUCUUACUGGAAGAAAAAAAAUCGGUUACAAAUCACACUCCAGGAAAUCAUGUCAAAAAAGUUUGCUUUAAAGGAAUUGAAGAUUCUCAAGCUUUAAAGUCUGUAAGAUAUUCAACACGAAGUAACCAAGGACCAGAAAGUGACCAUACUUCAGAUUUGCCACUGCUAGAGAGUCCAAAUCCUUGGCUGUCCUCAUCACUGACUGCCGCUCCUGUGAACGCUCCUGUCACUUUUGCAGCUAUUGUGGAGGAAGAGCUGCAGCAAGAGGCAGCUCUGAACAGGAUUCGAGAAAAACCGCUGGCCCUGAUCCAGGUUGAGGAACGUGCAAUACAAGACUUGUUGAUCCACUAUGAAGCAUAUGGCAACCCUGAUGAGUUUGUCAUUGUCGAAAGGGCGCCUCAGGGACCUAUUGCCGUACCUAUGUGGAACAAGCAUGGAUACUAAUCUAUUACAGAUUAGAUAAUGCAUACUUCAUACUCUUAAUCUCUAUAGUAGAAAAUAGGCUGAGGGAAAGAAUUCUCAUAACAUCAACAGUUCAUUCUGGAAUAAGAGAAGAAUUUAAUUUUUCCAUAGCAGUGAUCUUAAGUAUAAUGCAUAAUCAAAAGGAGAUUUCAGAAUUGUAUUUUUAGUAAUUAAAAAAAAAUGUAUGGUAAACAGUUAACCAUGUUAAGUUUAAGUAGAAUUAUUUACUUUAAGUCAGAUUUGCAAGUAAAGGAAAGGAUAAGUAAUGACAAUAUAAAAAGUGACACAUUAAAAAAAGAUGUCUUCCAUUUGAGAAUUUAUGAUUAUUAGUUUAGAAAAAUUUGCCAAAUGUUUCUUGGUAUGCUUAUUUUUACCACAAAAUCGGUAUGUUUCAAACAGGGACCCUAACUAUCACCUUCUCAAUCUACUACUGAUACCCAAAGUUUGACGAUGGCUACAUAUAGGGGUAUGUUAAGUAGUGAAGCUGAGGUUUUGGAUACUAAUACUUCACCACAGCACCUGUUUUCCUUGAGAAUAUUCUAGGUUACUCUGGAGUAGCUUAUUCUUCACUGUUAUUUAAAGCUUUGAAAACAGUGGAAAGGAAGAAGGAGAAAUACUAUCUCACAUAGCUGAAGUUAAAAUGAUUAUCGUUCUCCAGUGCGGUUGAGAGCCCCACUGCCUUUUAAGCCUUUUUGAAGUCUGAUUGAGAGAUUAUCAGUUUCUCUAUGUGUUAAAAAUUUCCAGAAUGAAUGUUUAAUUAUGGAUGUGUAAGAUGACUAGUUUGGAAAAGGGUUGAUAAAUGGCUUUGCAUAUUGUGUAUACAAGCUUUUCUGUGCCUGGUUCAUCUGAACAAAGUUAUAUUAAAAAAAAUGUUUGUUAGCCUUAUGAUGGACUGUUUUCUUUGCAUUUAAAUAGGUUUAAUUUAAAAAUUUUUGCCAUUUUGGUCAAGAUUCUGGACAGAGUAAAAAGGAAAAAACUACAGAAGUCAUACAUACGUGGAAGAAUGGACUAAAUAACACAGUUUGUUAGAGUUAACUUGUUUUAGAAAGAAAUGUAGCUACAACUCACUAAUGAUUUCAUGUUCUGCUAUACCAAAAACAAGCAAACGAAAAAAAAAAAACCUACCCUCAAUCACACAGAAACACAGUAAAUAUGUAAAGCAGAAGUUCAAUAAAAAGUUAAAUCUUGAUUCACA